CUUUGUCAUGUUUUGUGUUUUGACACUGUCAGACGAAAUGGAAGUAAGACGAACAAUGAAGAGGAAUGGAAAUGCAUAUUGUCUCCGUAACGUUUGAUCAUACACCAGGAGAAAAUACCAAUGGCGAGUGUUAAAAGCGAGUUCCAUGUCGCUGGGAAGUAUAGACUUGUUAGAAAGAUCGGCAGUGGAUCAUUCGGGGAUAUCUAUCUGGCGAUCAACAUUUCCAAUGGAGAGGAAGUUGCAACAAAAUUAGAGUCUCAAAAAACCAGACAUCCACAGCUUUUGUAUGAAAGUAAACUUUAUAGAAUAUUACAUGGAGGUGUAGGAAUUCCACAUUGUAGAUUCUAUGGCCAAGAAAAAGACUAUAAUGUCUUAGUUAUGGAUCUUUUGGGACCAAGCUUAGAAGAUUUGUUUAAUUUUUGUUCGCGGAAGUUUACCAUGAAAACAGUGCUCAUGUUAGCCGACCAGAUGAUCAACAGAGUAGAACAUAUUCACAACAAAAAUUUCAUUCAUCGAGACAUCAAACCUGACAACUUUCUAAUGGGAAUUGGCAGGCAUUGUAACAAGGUUUUCAUCAUAGACUUUGGAUUAGCAAAAAAAUACCGUGACAAUCGUACAAGGCAGCAUGUACCCUACAGAGAGGGUAAAAACCUGACAGGCACUGCCAGGUAUGCCAGUAUCAAUGCACACCUCGGCAUCGAGCAGAGUCGCAGAGAUGACAUGGAGUCGCUCGGUUAUGUCCUCAUGUAUUUCAACAGAGGUUCUCUCCCUUGGCAAGGUUUACGGGCAGCAACGAAGAAACAGAAAUAUGAAAAAAUCAGUGAAAAGAAAAUGUCAACACCAGUUGAAGUACUGUGUAAGGGCUUCCCGGCGGAAUUCAGUAUGUAUCUGAACUACUGUCGUGGUCUGCGGUUUGAAGAAGCACCAGACUACAUGUAUCUGAGGCAGUUGUUUAGAAUACUGUUUCGAACACUCAAUCAUCAAUAUGACUACGUGUUUGAUUGGACAACACUGAAGCAGAAAGCUACAACGGGAUCAUCUAUUGGCAGUUCACAUGGUUUGGCCACAGCAGGUAGAUAAAAAAGCAUGGUGAUCAGUCUUAAACAUUCUAGCUGCCUGAAAAAAGAACAAAACCAUUUUUACUUAGCUUUUUGCUAAUAAUUUACAUUGUUACUUCUUUCUAUGUGUGUACAUGUAUGUGUAUCUGGAUGGACGACUUAGUAUUAUCACUGUGUGCGUCUGUCGGAUGGGUUUCAUUUAUAUCUGGGAAUGGUAGACCUACAUGUAUUGCAUUUAGUCUUGAAGAGUGGUUUAAGAAAACACUAUAUGUUUUACAUGGGUGUAGUAUGCUUUACAUCAUUGUAAAUUGUUUUACAUGAAUGUAAUAGAAGUAGCUUUUGUGUCACUAUUCUUUGACUUAGUUUAGAUCUUAGAUUUUGGUGUGUUGAAUUGAAUUUUACACUGCCCUCGAUACCACUAGCAAAUGAUCUCAAAUCCUCCCAAUAAGGUUUGUUAGUGCAAGGAAUGAUUUUAAAAUAUUGACAAAUUUGACUGAAUUCAGGGUCAGCACAGUGUAUAAAAUAGUGGUAUGGCUCGAGGUUGCCAGACUUCUUUCAAAUUCAUCUGUGAAGGACAUUUUCACAGAUACAACUAAUAUAACAAACCAAAACAAAAGAAAGAAAGUGGUACGGCCAUGGCGACUCUCCUUUCAAAUUCAUCUGUGAAAGACAUUUUCGCAGAUACAACUAAUGUAACCAAGAGAAAAAAGUAAAAAUGAUAGUGGUGCGGCCAUGCCGUAUCUCUUUGAAAAGUGGUAAUGCCAUGGCUGUACUGGACGCACCAUCUGCGUCACCCCGGCAUUAAAAUAGUAGUUGCAUAAUCAGUGGUGUAGAUAGAAAAGUUGGGAGUGGAAAGAUGGAGUGCAUGCUUUCUGCUUUAAUGUGGAUUUAAGUAGCCAGAUAUUAUCAUUUUAUAUGUUUUAAGCAGACGUAAUAUUAAGGAGUGUUAUAAGACUACUCGUAAAAUGUGCUGUGCACAGUAGGUUGCUGAAUUAUACAGCGCACUAAUACAGAGUAAAUUAGGACAAAUUGACCUUAUCUGAAAUUCCAAAUGCAGAUAUUAUGCAAGUGUUGAUUCUACACAGUCAUGAAAGUGGCAGUCCUUGAUAAGAUGAAGUAGGAAGGAUGUAUCCUCUCGUAGAGUGGCUGUUUUGUAGUCGAAGCAGCAGACAGUGAUCCAUCGAAAUAUAUGAAGACAAACUUGGAAAACAUCCUUUGAACUGUGCAGCAAAAAUGUGAACCUGAUUGUGUCAAUAAUUGUAUCUUUUGGAUUCAUUCUGAACUGAGAAGACAUUCUUGACCGAAAUUACAAAGCUUGUUUUUUUGUCUUAAACACAUGUAAAUAUAUACAUUCACAAUGCUUAAACACCUGCGUUUUUAGAAAAAACAUUCUUCGUAAAUUUAUGUUACUACAUACAUGUACAUUCACAAUGCUUAAAUAUCUGCGUUUUAAGAAAAAAAACAGACUUCGUAAAUGUGCUCCUUUACGUUUUGUUCUACAUGUACAUGUAUAUACAAGAAACGGAAGGUGAUACCAGAGUGAUCGCUUGGCAAUACAUUUUAAAAAUAAAAUGUAUUGGAAUCUUCAUGUGAUUGCUCACCAAGAAUCAUUUCAGGAGAGUGAUCUUCAGUUCACCUUGAUUUUACUCAUGGUGAAGACUGUGAUCUGCUGGUUUGUUUCCAAUUCCAGCCAGUGCCCAAGGACUUUUGUAUCACACACAAAGCUCUUUGUAUGAGCUACUCUCUACUGGCUUUCAUGGUAUAGUGGUUAAGCCAUUAAAGAUGUUUCUUUAUUCUUUUCAAGAACCUAUCUGCUAAAAAGUAUUCUGUUCUAGUACCCAUAGGCGUAUAAAUAUAAUGUUCUGUAUGAUCAAGAUUAGGAGGGGGAGAAAAGUGCAACAUUGAUGAUGAAAGGACCAUUGAAGGUUGCAUUAAACCAUGAUGGUGGGUCUGUUAGACCCGGCCUUGGUGGCACAGUGGUUAAGCCAUCAGACUACAGGCUGGUAGGUACAGGGUUCGCAGCCCGGUUCCGGCUCCAACCCAGAGCGAGUUCUUAAGGGCUCAGUGGGUAGGUGUAAGGCCACUAUACCCC